GCAGUUAUGGAGAACUCCGGUGCCCCCGCCCAGCUAGUCAGCCUUCGGGGCCGCGGAGGUCGGCCGGCCAGCCUCGACCCCUUCCUCUGUCUCACUCCCACGCCUUGUCCAAGGAGGGAGUCGUGCGGCCAGGCAUCCCCAAGCCAGCCUCGGACGAGCUAGGGAAACGAAGAUAGGGGGUGACUCGAAGCGCGCCCCCGCUGCCCGACGCUCAGGCCCCUGAGCGAUUCCCGCACGUGGGCAGCCUGUAGUCCGCGACUGGGCCCCUCCCGGGCGGCUGUCACAUUCUCUAGUCUCUGUGGCCGCCGCCGCUGCCCGCCGCCCGCGCGCAAUCGGACUGGCCCACCUCCGCCCAGGGUGGGCAGAUGCGCUCCCCAACCAAGGGCCUUGCGAGGAGCGGGAGCCCCGCGCCGCUCCGCCCAAAGCAAACAAACACACACCUCCGCUGCAAGUAGCGCAACCGGAGACUCCCAGCCCGGAUCCCGAUGGGCGGCGCCGCCUCCGCCUGCACAGUCUCCGAGCCCGGCCGGCCGCGCCGGACUCGCUCCUUACGUAAGCCGGGAGACCUGCUCAGCUCUAACCACCGGCCGGCGCCCCCUCCACUUCCCCACCCCGCCUUCCCCGGCCCACGUGCUCCCCGCGACCCAGUGGGGGCUGCGGGGGCGAAGAGAGGUGGAGACCACGCAAGAGAAAAAAAAAAAAACCUUUUUUUUGUAUUGCCCAGGAUCUAUUGUGAAGGGAAAGGAAAAAUACAACUUGUUGAGCGUCUCUUGUAUGUCAAGUUCGAAGAUCACAGAAUGGAGACACAUUGAAUUGUCAGUAAUUAUACACCUAGUAAAGAGAGGAUUCAAGACAGGCAGUCUGGCUCUAAUUGCCUGCGCUUAUUCAUCUCCAAGGGACUGUGUUGGCCUUAUUCAUCCUGUAUCCCUGGGUCCUAGAACAGUGACUGACACAUGACUGCCAAAAUUAACGAUUGGAUGAACGAGUCCAUAACUUCUUGCAGCAUUAUUGGAGCAAGAAAAGAAGUAAUAUUUAUAGUGUGUUCUAUUUUCAGGUUCUUUUAUGUGUACAUUCUAGCUUCAGUUUUCAAUUCUGCAAAUUGACAGGUGCAUAAAAUAGUUUGGAAAUCAUAAUGUAGAAAUUAUAUAUUCUAUAUAUUAUAUACACAACAUGUAUAUAUUCCAUAUGGAAAUGUACAUGUUUUCAAAUACUCUAAUCAUUCACCUAUCACUUGUCAAUAGAACUUUAAAAACAAAAUUUGCUUUUCUGCGCUCGCGCUCGCCGUGGAGGCAGCAGGCGCGCUUCGACAUGCAGAACGACGCCGGCGAGUUCGUGGACCUGUACGUGCCGCGGAAAUGCUCCGCCAGCAACCGCAUCAUCGGUGCCAAGGACCAUGCGUCCAUCCAGAUGAACGUGGCCGAGGUAGACAAGGUCACCCGCAGGUUUAAUCGCCAGUUUAAAACCUACGCUAUCUGCGGGGCCAUUCGCAGGAUCGGUGAGUCAGAUGACUCCAUUCUCCGAUUGGCCAAGGCAGACGGCAUCGUCUCAAAGAAUUUUUGACUGGAGAGAAUUGUGGAUGCGGAACAUUUGUCAUAA